AUGGCUGCUCAGGUGAAGAGUUGUUAUGGAAUUGACAUAAAAUACCAUCAUGCUUAUAAAGGGAAGGAAGCAUCUAAGGCAGAGAUAUAUGGCGAUGAUGUAAAAAAGGCUUUUCAUAUGUUUGCUGCCUGUAUAGAAGGAUACCGGUUCAUUCGCCCCAUGCUUUACUGUGAUGCAACAUUUCUCAAUGGGAGAUUCAAGGGAACAGUGAUGGCUGCCACUGGUGUGAAUGGAAACCAAGGAUUUUUUCCUUUUGCGUAUGCUUUAGUUCCUAGAGAAGACAUUGAAGGGUGGGAGUGGUUUAUGGAGAACUUGCAGCAUUGUGUCGACUCUCGUCCUAUCACCUUUAUCACUGAUCGUCAUGAAAGGCUGAAGCAAAGUAUUCCCAAGUAUUUCCCCAACUCUUAUCAUAGUUACUGUUUCCAUCAUUUGAAGAAUAACCUCCCCAUCAAGAAAUCACAUGAGAAGUAUAAACAAGUUCAAGAUUUGUUCCAUAAAGCUGCAUGCUGCUAUAGUGUUGCUAAAUAUGACUCUGCUUUAAAGGAUAUGUGUAUCAUAGGAUGUGGUUGGGUUUCCAAGUACAUCAGAAAUAUCGAUCCCAAGCAUUGGGAAAAUGCUUUCUUCGUAGGAUGUAGGUAUGGGACACACUCGUCAACUAUUGCAGAGUCUUUCAAUAACUGGAUUCUUCCUGAAAGGGAUCUGCCUCCAGCUGCUCUUGUUGAUGAGAUUAGGAUAAAGAUUACGAGGAUGAGUGCAGAAAGGCGUGAGCUCGGUAGAUAUUAUAGUGAUAGUUUGACUCCCAUCUAUAAAGCUCUACUCAAGUCACAUGUCGAUAUAGGGCGUCCAUGGAGUGUUACGGAGUCAGGUAAUGGUAUAUAUGAGGUUCACUCUCCUAGAUCUCAUGUUGUUGAUCUGAUGCAUAUGAAGUGCACUUUCCAGAGAUGGAAAGUGUUUGGUUUCCCCUGUGCUCACGCCACUGCUGCUAUUACUAUGAGUGGUAUUGAGAUGUUGAGUUUUGUUCAACCUUACUUUGGUUCGAAUCAUUUUCGCCAUACGUAUGCUCCUGCAAUUCGACCCAUUCCCAAUUACGACAGGCCAGAAGCGUAUGAACCUGAAGAGAGAGUCCUACCUGGUAUUCCAAGGCCACUUCCAGGAAGACCACCAAAGAAGCGCAUCCGUGGUGCUUAUGAGAAGGAGAGGAGGCCUAUUAAGUGCUCAAAUUGCAAGAAGAUUGGGAACCACAACAAAGCUACCUGUCGUGUAUUAAUGAUGGAGUAG